GAUCUUUAUGAUAACAUGAAAAGAUAUCAUAAAAUCAGGGUUCAUACUUCAUACUAUCAUAUACUGUGAAAGUCGACAAGUGACUACUUAGAUUUUUCAAUUCGGCUUUCAUUUUGACUGUCAUGAAGUAAUCACAAUUAUAAUAAUCUUGACAACCUUGAAACAGCUUUCAUGUUCUUCAUGCAAAGUAUAAUUUCUGAUUUCUUUCUUCUGAACAUGAGAUGAUGUUGACCUGGACAUGCUUCUGAACUAGUGAAGACUCUGCUGAUAAUGUGAUGUUUGAUUGUGUUUUCUCAGUAGAGAACGGCAUCACGGGAAACCACAGAACAGAGGAGGAGGAGGAGGAGGAGGAGGAGGAUAGAGGCGAGGUGUUCACCGUAGAGCUGAUGAGAGGACCUCAUGGUCUUGGGCUGGCGCUGGUGGAUGGAAUGAAAACUCCUCUGCGAGUGAGCGGGAUCUACGUGAAGUCAGUGGUGUCUGAUUCCCCAGCAGGCCUCAGUCAGAGGCUAAGAGUGGGCGACCGCAUCCUCGCUGUCAAUGGAGUCAGUCUGGUGGGGAUGGACUACCACAGGUGAACACUUCUCCAGACGUUCAACAUGCUG